AGUCUUUGUACUCACAUCGAUGUGCAAUCUCGGUUCCGUGAAUGGGUCAUCGAUACGUAUGCUUAGGAAGCUUUUACAGAACAACUAUCGUAAUUUAGGCGUUUACGUGGACGCGCGAUGUGAAGGUCACAAUUAUACCGUAAUAUAUUAUGAGGCUACGAAAUCUUUUUUAUUCGACGAGACGCAUAAAUGGCUGAUUUUGGGACGAAAAUUGGAGGACACCGUGAGCUUAUUAAAUGAUGAUUCUUUCGGCGUAGUGACCGAUAUUACGAUUGCCAUAGAGACCAACACCGGUUUUGAUUUAUACGACGUAUAUAAUCCUUGCAAAGCACGCGGUGGGUCCUUGAAUGUAACCAUCUUGGGUUACUGGACCGAGAAAUCUGGUGUGGCGAUCAGACUGAAGCAACCAAAAUACGAGAGAAGAUUUAACUUACAUGGUAUGAAACUCAGAGUGGGAGUUUUGCUGCCGCGUAAAUUUUACAAUUUGUCUACGGAAGAUAUCGCGCUGGAUCAAGACAUGAAGGCAAAAUAUGGCCGAUCUCAAUUCUUGUACACGAUCUUGCUGCAAAUGGCUGAUCUCUUUAACUUCACUAUAGAAAUCGUGGAAGUAGAUCCAAGAAAGCGGCAGGACAAUUCUGCGCCGAUGUUUGUCGCUUUUCAAAAAAAGACGGUAGAUAUCUCGGCCAGUCCAAUCGUGAUGAAAGCGGAAAGAUUACGGUCGGGAGAUAUUAUCGGUCCAGUAUGGCCGAUGCGAUCGUGCUUUUUAUUCCGGACGAUAUCCUCGGCGAACAUGAAGACAAAGCAAUUUUUGCGGCCGUUAAACAUCAAGGUCUGGUACGUUGUACUUGGCACGAUAAUAGUCUCCUCGUCCAUUCUGGUAAUAUUGAUUAGACAAGAAGGUAUUCACAGUGUGUUGGAGGGCUACAACAUUUGUAUUUUUCUCACAAUAGGCGCUAUUUCUCAGCAAGGUUCCGUAUUCGUUCCGGUGCAUUACGCGAGUCGCAUAGCAUUCAUACACAUCAUGCUCUUCGGCGUGUUAAUCCUGAACUAUUAUUCGGCGAGUAUCGUGUCCGACCGAUUAAAGAAUAUGGGCGUGAAGAUGAACGACUCGUUGAUCAGCUUGGCGGAUAGUCAACUGAAAGUGGCAGCCGAACCAACGCCAUAUGUUCGUUCUUUUUUGCAGACACCGGAAAAGGAGAUACGGUAUUUUAAUGCGAAACGGUGGGACAAACUACCGGAAUCCAAACGUUAUCUGCCACUAGCAGAGGGUCUAAAUCGCGUAGCUAAAGGUGGCUUGGCUUAUCACACGUCAAUUGAGUUCGCGUAUCCAUAUAUUGAGCGGCAUUUCCAUCCGCGGAUGAUAUGUGAGUUAACGGAGGUCCAUCUCUUCCGCGCGAUACUAGCUCUUUGGGGCAGACACAGGAGUCCGUUUACUCCACUAUUUAGAAUUGGUUUGAUCAAGAUGUAUGACGUGGGCAUACGCAGACGUCAACUGAAAUUCUGGUCGGCGAGAAAACCGUUUUGUCCGAAAAAUAUGCUAAUUGCGGAACCGCUGUCGAUU